CUCCUCCUCCUCCUCCUCCUGCUCCUGCUCCUGCUGCUGCUGCUGCUCCUCCGGCCCCGCGCCCGCCGCCCGGAGCCGCCGCGCCAUGCCCCGGGGCUGCUGAAGGGGGACGCGAAGGACGCCGAGCCGCGGGGAUGCAGAGCAUCAAGUGCGUGGUGGUGGGCGACGGGGCGGUGGGGAAGACCUGCCUGCUCAUCUGCUACACCACCAACGCCUUCCCCAAGGAGUACAUCCCCACCGUCUUUGACAACUACAGCGCCCAGAACACGGUGGAUGGCAGGACUAUUAACUUAAACCUGUGGGACACGGCCGGCCAGGAGGAGUACGACCGCCUCCGGACGCUUUCCUACCCCCAGACCAACGUCUUCAUCAUCUGCUUCUCCAUCGCCAGCCCGCCCUCCUACGAGAACGUCAAGCACAAGUGGUACCCGGAGGUGUGCCACCACUGCCCCAGCGUGCCCAUCCUCCUCGUCGGCACCAAGAAGGAUCUGAGAAACAACCCUGAGACCAUGAAGCGGCUCAAAGAGCAGAACCAGGCGCCCAUCACCACGCAGCAAGGCAUCAGCCUCUCCAAGCAGAUCCGCGCCGUCAAGUACCUGGAGUGCUCGGCGCUCAACCAGGAGGGCAUCAAGGAUGUCUUCACCGAGGCGGUGAGGGCCGUGCUCAACCCUGUCCCGGCCAAGCCCAAGAAGCCCUGCGUCCUUUUGUGACGGGGCUGCUGGCGACCAGCGAGAGACGAUCCUGCCCCUGCCCUGCUGCCCCCUGAGACACUGCCUGGCACCACCAAAACCCCCCUGCCCACCCCGGUGCCUCCCCGAGCCUCGCUGCCCCCCCCCAGGGAUGGCGGGACCGGGGCCGCCAGCCCAAAGCCACCAGCUUUAAUAAUAUAGACCUUGUUUGCACUAACUGGCUGUCCGCCCCGGGGGGCUGCAGGGCUCCCCCAGCCCUGCGGGACCCCCACCCCGGCCCUGGCUGUCAGCGUUCGCUUUUGGGUGACACCUCUCUGGUCCCAGCACAGACCAACGUUUCCUGAGAAGGGGAUGCUCGGGGUGGCCGAACCUCCCUCCUGCCCUGAGCACCCCAUGAGGACCCGCCACCCCCAUCCCCUGCACCUGCGGGGCUGCGGGGGGGGGGCACAAGGGGAGGCCCCCAGCCCCUCUGUGCCAGCCCUGGCGCUCGGCCACCUCCGAGCAUCCUGCUGCCCCGGCACUGGCAUGGCCCCAUCCUGCCAACGGGGUCCCGGCGGCUGUGCCGGGGGUAUCCUGGGCCGGCGUUUGGGGUGAGCCCAGCCCGGCACAGCAUCGCCGGCUCUCCGGGGCCAGCGCCGGGGAAGUCCAGCCCUGGCGAGAGCGGAGUCGGAGCUGCCGAUGGGCUCUGCCGGAGGAGAGUGUUCCUGCACCAUGGGGUGCCGGGGCUCCACGGGGCAGUGGGACUCGCCUGUAACCAGCCGCUCCCCGAGUUGCUUCUCCUGAAAUAAAGAGACCUGCCCAGGC